GCACGCGACAAUAACAUAAUAUGUAAUAUUAUUUUCGACGAUCCGUGACAAAACCAGUAGUCACUCGAACACGUUUGGGACGAUAAACAUUCGACGACAACGGUGUAACAUCGUCACAUCGGUUGCCGACGAUUCGUCGUGUCGUGCCCGAAAAUACGACUUCAUCACGGGCGUUAUUAGAUACAAUUAUUAUUAUUAUCAUCGUCGUCGUAGGUACGUCGAGACGCGGCGCAAGACUAUCGCGUAUUAUUGGCGUCUGUCGGACUCGUGGCUCGUGCCGUCGUCGUGUAUUACGUAAGCGUAUUUUCACCGACUCGGCGGCAGUCGCGGUCGCAGCAGCUGUUGUCGACGGGAAUCAAACGGAACAGCGUACAGCGGCUGGUGACCACCGGUACGUCGUCGCGGUUUUGGUGGGUAGUGGGUACAGUGGACGGCGCACGCCACCUCCAAUCGGCAUGACAGCGUCGAAUCGACCCGCCGACGAACGUGCUUAAACGUCGACGAAUCGGCGCGUGUUUCGCGUGAUAUUUCGCCGUUGUUGUUUGUAUACAUUUUGCGAGCGUGUUGACCGCAAUUCGUUAAUCGCAUAGUGGCUAAUAAUAAUUCGAUAAUCUUAAUCUAAUAAUAUCGUUUAUCCGAUUAUCGUCUCCGUUUCACGCGUCUGAGAUUGUUUUCGAUUUCGGCGGCGUGGACUACAGACCACAGAGUAUCGCGGUAUGGUAAUGUGGAGUGUGGACGACUGACGAGUGACGGGCGGCGACGACACGCAUCAUCGGAUCACGGUUUUGAUAAACUGAUAACGGCACGGUACACCGUUGAUAACGAAAAGUUAUAUUAUUAUUUUCUCGUUGAUAGCCACUACUCAAGUCUGGUCUACUCUCGAUUUCUAUUGCGCAAAGUCGAUACUGCUGAUACACUCAACAUGAAAAUUUAACGUCGAACCCCGGACCGCGACCGUUUUGCGAGGAUAUCGUUUGUUUUUAGUUUUCUCCUCUUUGUCAUAAGUCGUGAACUGACUUUUGUCUUCGGCGACUUUUAAAAAGUUGUGAUAAGCACACUUAGCGGUGGUUCGUCUGUCCUACGUGCAUAACGCUUGAUUUCAUGUACGUUGAUCGUAUGCAUUAACAGCCUCGUUGUCUUCGUCGUCUUCGCCGUCAUGAGUACGACAUAUUACGAUCCGGAUGGUUUACAGAGCGUCAAACGCAGACGUACUUCUAACUUCCGUGACACGUAUUUGCGUAAUCGCGAGUAUGGCUUCCGACCCAAGUAUGGCGAUCAAAGUCGUUUACAUUGCGAGAUGUAUACAUCCAUUUAUCCCAUCGCUAAAUGGGAAUACGACGUUUCAAACAAUGACAUCACCAAUCCGGCUGGUAUAUUCAAUUUGGAAUUCUCCCCAGAUGGGAAAAUAUUGGCAGCAGCAUGCGAAAAGAAGAGCAUUAUGUUAUUUGAUCCUGUUACUCAAAAGUAUAUAACAUCAAUAAAAAAAGCCCAUAAUGAUUGUGUUAAUUGUAUUAAGUUUUUAGAUUCUCGUAUGUUUGCAACUUGUAGUGAUGACACAACAAUAGCAUUAUGGGAUGUUCGAAAUCUUAAAGACAAUAUAAGGGUAUUGAGAGGGCAUUGCAAUUGGGUAAAAAGUAUUGAAUAUUCAGCAAAAGACAAUUUACUUGUUUCCAGUGGAUUUGAUGGGCAAAUUUAUACAUGGGAUAUUAAUAGUUACUCAGAAGAAGGGAGAGUUCCCAAUAACUCUGUAUGUCACAUUAAUGGACUUAUGCGUAUUAAACUUCUUCCUGAUUCUAGCAAAUUAAUUGUUUGCACGACAAGUGGCUUCAUAUUACUUAUAAACAAUUUAGACUUGGAGACACUUGGUACAGAUAUUCAAGGAUUCAAACCAAACAUGUAUCGUUUGAUGCAACUGAGUAAAACUACCAUUCCUAAUGCAGCUGCACACACACACAUGUUUACUCGAAAACGAAACCGUGUUGAAUUCAUUGUAGAUUUUCCUAGAAAUGAUGAUGCCGAAAUAAUAUCUUCUAUCCAGGUACACCCACAAGGUUGGAAUGUAUUAAGUCGAAAUGUUACCACUGAUGAACAGUCUGAAUGGACAUGUGUACAUGAUAUACAAGACUUUGCUGUUCCUAAACAACAACAAAAUGAACCUGAAGAACUGAGUUCUGAAGAAGCAAACUCAUUGGAACAUUCUUUAGCUGAUGACCCAAUGGAAGGAAGACUACAUCGACGCACUCAUGUUGUGAUUCCUCGAGACAUAAAUGUUGGCAUAAGUAGUAUGAUACCAUUUUCUGUGUUAGGACCAACUAGAGGUAAUCGCCAAGCUGACUUAUGGGAAGCAAUGAUGAAUGUCAAUAGUGGUAAUCGCAUAAGAAGUUUAAGAUAUUUAUCAGAAGGACGAGAGCGAAUAUUAGGAACAUAUUCUGGUGUACGGAUCGUACGUAGUGCAACUGGAUUACAAGAUCAAGACCAAGACGACAUGGAGGAAAUGAUAGCAGAUGAUGAUACCGCUUCAGAGCGAUUAGUCACAGUAUUAUUUAACCGGAAUGGCAAUCGUGUGCCUGAUAUCAGAAUGCGUGGUUAUCUAUCCCCAAAUUCUAGAAUUGAUAUCACUCGACCAAGUAGACGUAGUACGGUAGAAGUAGGAACUGGUACAGAUGCAGUGGUGUUUAUUGGCAAUAGGCAACGUCGUAACAACUAUGUUCUGAAUUGUAUGAAUAGAUUUCAAGUGCCCCUUAAUCAUAAAAUACACAAAAAUUUUAAUCGUCUUACACAUUUUAUUGAAGAGGCAAAUGUGGGUAGAGGGUACAUCAAAGAACUUUGUUAUUCUAGCGAUGGGCGUAUAAUAUGUUCACCCUUCAGUCAUGGAGUAAGACUAUUAUCAUUUUCGCCCAACUGUGAUGAAUUAUCUACUUUGCUUCCAAAACUGCCAGGUGUAAAACUUCAUGAGAUUGGUACAAACGUUUCUCAUUCUAACAUUGUACUCUGUACCAAAUUCUCACCAGUCCAUCCUUUGCUCGUAUCUGGUUGUUUAGCUGGUCGAAUCGUUUGGUACCAACCGAGACUAUAAUUAAUACUUAAUGACUAUAAUAUUGUAUGUAUAUUAUGUUUUUUAUUUAUAAUAAUCUACUAUUCAAGUUUUGAAUAAUACAUUUUUUGUUUGUUUUAACAUUGAAACUUAAUGCCACUGUAUGUAUAGAACAUACAAAGACAACAUAUCUUCUCAUGUAUAAAUAUGUUACUUGUAUCGAAUAUGUCAACGAUUAUAUUCAUAAACAAUAUUUAAGGUCUAGUUUACUCCAAAUAGUUUUUUUUCGUAUGGAUGUAAUGAAAUAUAUAAAAAGUUAGUCACUUGUACGCAAAAUAUGUAUGCUCAAUAAGUAAGAGACUGUAUAAACAUCAUUUAUUCUUGUCUUUCUUUUUUCUUUUUCUUUAAAAAAAAAAGAUUAAAUGAUCGCAAUAGUUUAAUUUUUUUAUCUAGACAAUUUCCAACUGUUGUACAUUUUGCAACACGAUCUUUUUUGAUACUACUAGACCUUAAGAACAAUGCAGUGGCUUAUUUGUAAUACAACAAUAAUCUCAGUUUUCAUAAAAUUCUACAACUUGAUACAACAAGCAUUAGUAAACAUUUUACUGGGUGAAUCAUGUAUCUACCAGACUAAUUGGUAUUAAGAAAGUUCUAAAAUACUUAUAAUAUCAAUGGAAUUGAUAAGGACUUCAACAAUAUUUGCUUAUCGUGAUAAAUAUUUUUAAAUCUCACAAUUUAUUUCGAUAACGCUAUUAACAAAAAUUGAUUUAUUACCAAUGUUGAAUCCAUGAUAAAAGAACUUAUUUUGGUAAAAAAAAUUACUACCUACUGUUACUAUUAUUAUAAUCUCGGGUAAGUGCAUUCUAGCUUUGUCUAAUAAUUAUAAGGUGCCUUAAAAAAUAAUUUUUGUUUCGUCUAAAUAGUAAAUGUUAUUGACACUUCCAACUAAGAAUGUUUUGUUAGGUUCUCUCUGUAAUAUAAUAUUUUUCCGAUAAUAAUGUAAAUUAUUAUUUAUUAUUGUUUGUUUUUCAUUAUAAUUACCUCAUGUUAAUGUAAAUAGGGGAUUAAAUAUUAUAUCAAAAUUAAUUAUUAUUAUUAUUAAAUAUUUGUAUCCAGAGCAAUAAAAAAAAAUUUUACAAAUUGUAUGUAUCAUAGUACAUGCUAUAUGUAUAUAUAUAUAUAUAUCAUAAACAUAUAUACUAUAUGUAGUAAUAUAUUAAUUAUCCAUUAUUGUUUUUUCGAUACUAUCUCGUGUUUAUUCCUUUCGAACACUUAUGGUCACUAUACUAUUCCUCUGCACUGUCGUUUUUGUUUUUUAUCCAUUUUGAAGGCUUACUGAAUUAGUUUUACUGACAUUAAACACACACUCCCUUUGUAUGCCUUAAUAUAUAUAAUAAAAUAAAACAUUUGUAAAGCUCGAA